AUGCAGGCGACACUGGCCAGUGCCGUCGCAGAAGACCAGAAAUGUGCCGGGGAAGACUCCAUGCGGCUUGCGCGGGAGCUUGAGACGGCAGGGGGCUCCAUGCAGCCCACUGAGGCGUCAGGGGCGGACCUCGAGCCCGUUCCCUCGGCCGCGAAAGUCUCCUUCGACGAGGCGUGCCCGCAGACGCCGCCGCGUGACUACGCGAGCGCGAAGCCCGCCCGUGUGCUCUCCCCAGGGAAGACGACGAUUGCACGCGUGAAAACGAUACGCCCGGACUCCGAGAUGCGUUGGGACGACCUCGAACUCAUCAGCGUGCUGGGCAAGGGCGGGUUCGGCGAGGUCCUGCACAUGCGUCACAGGGACCCGAUGUCCGGCCGGGAGCGCGAUGUGGCGGUCAAGCUGCUGCUACCUGGACACGAAGCAAAAGAGGACGAUGUGUUGUCGUACGUGCGCGAGGCAGAGAUGCUGCGGCUGCUCGAGCACCCGCACAUCGUGCAGUUCGAGGGCAUCGGGCUCACGACGGGCGAUCCGGACAAAACCGUCGCGCACAGAGACGCGCGGAGCUCGCUAGCCUCGGAGGGCGCCGCGCCGGAGCUGGGCGCCCCGGAGCGAGUCACGGAGGGCACCGGCGCGGCCGAAGCGGGCGCCGCGCUCGAGGUGCUGCGCCUAGCGCGCCACAACCAGCUGGCAGAGGGCGCGGAGCGGCUGUUCGUCGUCCAGGAGCUGUGCCUCGGCGGGUCGCUGCGCGACCUCAUCCGCAAGCACCGCGUCGCCCACGGGAGCCGCAGCAUGCCGUACCGGUGGGACGCGGCGUUCCGGUGGCUGUGCGGGACCGCCAAGGCCCUGCAGCACCUCCACCGGAACGACAUCAUCCACCGCGACGUCAAGUUGGAGAACAUUCUGAUCAAGGUGCCGGACGUGGAGUCGAGGGAGUGCCGGGCGCUGCUGGCAGACAUGGGGUUGGCCCGACUCAUGGCCGACAAAAAGGAGCAGCUCAUGCGCACGGUGACCAAGUGGAUCAGCUCCGGCACGCGCCCGCGCUCCAGCGGCCUCCGCCGAGCCUCGGGGCGCAAGAGCGUCGACAGCAGCCGCGGAGAGGGGUCUGGGCUGGACACCUCCCUUUCAGUCCCCCGCCAGCUGUCCAUCGCGCAGUACCGGCGCAUGAUGUCGCGCGGGCGGCCGUCGCAGCUCAACACGCAGGCGGACGUGCAGCACCACGAGGCGCUCGCGCUGACGGGCUGCACGGGGUCUCUGAUGUACAUGGCCCCGGAGGUGUUGCUGCAGAAGCCGUACAACGAGAGCGCGGACGUUUUCUCGUUCGGGCUGUGCAUGUACGAGGUGCUCAUGAUGCGGCUGCAGAUCACGGACGUCCUCGCGGCCAGGGGCUUCGCGGGCGAUACCGGCUUUUCAAAGGUGCAGCAGCACGCGCUGCAGGUGGCGCGCGGGUACCGCCCGAAGGUGCCGCGGCAGUGGCCGGCCGAGGUGAAGGCGCUGCUGAGCGAGUGCUGGAGCCAGCAGAAGGAGAAGCGGCCCACGAUGGCCCAAGUCGUGUCGAGGCUGGAAGGGAUGAUGAGCUCAGGCGUAGUCAGCGACUACGUGCACACCUACCAGGUCAUGCGGCCCGUUGGCGCCGCGACGAAGGGCCUCGAGGAAGGUCCGCUGCCUUCCAUUCACUCGAGCAAGUACCACGGGCUGGAGAUGCCCGGGCAGGACAAAGGGGACAAGCAAGGUUGUGGGUGCUUUGGAUGA